GGUAAUAUGACAAGCUAUACCAUUUCAUUUGAAAACAUCAUUGUUCAUCUUGACGGGAAAAAGUUGUCGGGAGAAAUUGAAAUUCCAUGUAAAGAGAGCAGUACUCUAAGUAUAAGGGGUUGCAAUAAAGUUGGCUGUUCACCCGAAUCAAAAAUACUUAUACCACCUUAUACAGAGGUAGUUCUGCCAUCCAGAUUGAUUGUGGAACAUCAAAAUACUUCUAGUGUAGACUUAACUUGGUUUCACAGAGGAGGACAAUUUGCCGUAGAUAUAGCCUGGUGUGUAGGAAAAUCUGGCUUGUUCCAGUGUCAGGAUGAAAUCAAGUUUCUGAGAUUGAAUGGAACGGAUAACCACACUUCUAUAUCGACCAAUGAUAUCAAUAGUAGAAAUGAUGAUGUAAUCUUUGGUGUGGCUAUCAUAAAUGACAAACAAUUAAGUGGUGGUAUAAAGUGGCAGGAUGCUUGCAGAUACCAAAAGAAUUUAGAACCAAAGAAGAUAUCCGGCGUCGUUCUUCUCCCAGACGCUCCAGAAAACAGCCUUAUUGUAUCAUGGUCUCCCGUGCUCUGUGAAAGCUCAAAAGUAAACAACGUUUACAUUCACGCCUAUGAAAUAAUUUCUUGCCGAUUGGAUUCUCAGAAUCAUUGCAUUGGGAAAGAAAAUUCGGAAGAACUUUUAGCGACACACAACACUCAACAUACUCUUCAGAAUCUUCAUCCCGACGUUAAGCAUGGUGUUUGGGUGAGGGCGAAAUCAUUAACAAAGGUCGGGACUAAAAGCGAUAUGGUGUCCGGAAUACCCAGCAACAAUGACUUAGGGACCGGUGCUGUAGUAGGCAUAAUCAUUGCUGGAAUUUUUGUUUUGGUUAUUAUGUUGGCUGGUGGAGUUUGUAUACUGAGAAAUGUAAGAAGUAAACUUGGUUUAGGCGAAACUUUCCCAAUUCACGUGCCUGAUUUAGAAUCUGAGAAAUCAUGGGAGAAAUUCCUCACUACACCAGCUUCCUACACUGAUACCAAAUCUGCUAACUGCAUUUCCAAUCAAACAAAAUAUGCAAAAGGAUCCGUUGUAUCUUCCAAUUCACCGUAUACAGAAAGUGACCAGUGUACCUCCCAGGAAAGAUUACUAAAGUGUCUCACCAAAAACCUACCUGAUCAAUGUCCUCAGGCUAAUAAUACCGUUUUGCCGCUGAUUGAUUUUCCCAGUACGAAAGACAUAGACAAGGAAAAUGACAAUGACAUAGACCAAGAAAAUGACAAUGCAAAAAUACCUGAAAUGCUCAAAAGCAGUGAUCCAACAUCGUCAAUGAGUAAAAUAUACGAAAAAGAAAACAAAGGAAAAAUGUCGAGAGAAUUUCUGCCCUCUGGUUAUGCAAAGGUUUUGUCUCCUUGUCUCCACGAGAUUAAUAGGUCACCGAUUGAUAUUGGAAUCUCCACGAGGGACUCACCGUCAUACUCAAAUGAAAUCAUUCAGGAGACAGUGUCGUCAGAUGAGAAUAAUAUAAAACAAAAUGAGGCCCAUCCUAACAUAUGCUCGAAAGAAGAUAUAAAUAACAUAUCAGUUAACCCACAACGAUCUACCGAUGAAGAAUCUUUGAAUGAUCAAACAAUUAAUGAUGAAUGUUAUGUAACUAAUGAUGCUAGUCAUUGGGCCAAUGAAAGCAAACUCUCUGUUAAGAAUAGAAAUAAUGUCGAGCACCAAAGAAGGAGUUAUCUCCCUUCCGACAUAACGCAGUCCAUGACAUCUGCAGGGGGAAAAGGCAUAUCUUCCAGUCUCACAAACAAUAUGACAGAUGUCAAUACAAAUAUAAUUGAUGACUCAUAUCAGAAGACAUCAACACCAGCUUUAAACUCAGAUGAUUACAUUAAAAAUGAUUUUUUAGCCAAUGAUGGUGUACCUAACGCAUCUAAAAUCAAUAACAUUUCAAUUAUAAACACUUCUAUCAAUUCCUCUGAAUUAAGCGAUCAUUUAUCGAGUAAUUUUUGUCAAAACGCGGAAAUGUGCACUGAAUAUGUUUUUAAUGACACUGAGACAGACGUUGAGCCAAGCGUGAAAUUCAUACUAAAUGCAAAGCAAUCGCCUUACCGCCUUCCAAAUGAUGCAUUUAACCAGAAUACCAGUGAGAAAAACCUCGAGUUUAUCGGAUAUGUACCAUAUUCUGGAGUCAUAGAGCGGAAUUUCUAG